AUGGCCAUGGAUCAGUGCACCGAUGAUGUCAAGUAUGAAGAGGAGUUUAUCGUGAACUCCCGGGACACCAAGCUGUUCACCUGCGCAUGGACGCCGCGCAAUUCAGAGCCCAAAGCAUUAAUCUUCAUCUGCCAUGGGAUUGCAGCAGAGUGCAGUGUAUCAAUGAGAGAUACUGCCUCCCGUUUGGUGCGCGCCGGGUACGCCGUCUACGGGAUAGACCACGAGGGGCACGGCAGGUCGUCUGGCCGGAGAUGCUACGUGCCGAACUUCAGCGACGUCGUCGCCGACUGCUCCCGCCAUUUCAUGAGCGUCUGCGAUAAGCCGGAGAACAGGGGGAAGAAGCGGUUCCUGUACGGGAUCUCCAUGGGCGGGAGCAUAGCGCUCCUCCUCCACAGGAAGGAGCCAGCCUACUGGGACGGCGCCGUUCUGCUUGCUCCAAUGUGCAAGAUUUCUGAUGACAUGAGACCUCAUCCGGUGGUGGUGAGCGCUCUGAAGAUGGUAUGCGCGGUGGCUCCCGGUUGGAGGAUCAUACCCAUCCCGGACAUCAUCGACAAGGUUUGCAAAGAUCCAGAGAUAAGAAAAAAGGUUCGCUCAAAUCCGUAUAUUUACAGGGGAAAGCUCCCAUUGAAGACCUGCCAUGAACUCCUCAUGGUGAGCCUGGACAUCGAGAAGAACCUGCACGAGGUGAGCCUGCCGUUCUUGUUGCUGCACGGUGGAGACGACAUCGUGACGGAUCCUUUGGUGAGCAAGCUGCUGUUCGAGGAAGCGUCGAGCGGGGACAAGGACUUGAAGCUCUACCCUGGGAUGUGGCACGCGCUCAUGGCGGAGCUCCCCCAGGACGCCGAGCGCGUCUACUCCGACAUCAUCUCUUGGCUGGAUCAGAGGGCGAAUUGUGCAGCUAAUGUUUCCAUAGUGAAUACUGGCACGGCAAGCGCCUAG